AUGGGAGCAAGAUAUCCUCUCGUUUUCUUGAUCCUCUUACUUCUUCAUGGAACCAAGGCUGCUUCGGAUCCUCCAGUACCGGGAUGGCUGACUCUGAGUGGUCAUCGUCCUCUAGUCAUUGCUCGUGGGGGGUUGUCUGGAGUAGUGCCUGAGUCAAGCCAGCUUGCAUACAGCAUGGCAAUGGGAAGUAGCUUGUGUGAGGUGGUUCUGUUCUGCGACCUGCAAUUCUCCAGCGACGGUGUGGGCUUCUGCCAUGGCAGCUUGAGACUUGACAAUUCGUCAAAUAUUGCUGAGAAGUUCGCUGACAGGGGCUCAACUUAUCAAGUGAAUGGACGAGAGGUUCAAGGAUGGUUUUCUCUGGAUUUCAAAUCAGAGGAGCUACAUAGUGUCCUAUUGCUUCAGAAUGUUUUGUCUCGCUCAAGUACAUUUGACAGAACACAGGAACUGUUGUCGCUUGACAAUGUGGUUCAAAGCGUCUUGGCUCAAAAAGGCGAGCUUCAUGUAAUUUGGGUCAACAUAGAGUACAACUCGUUUUUUCUGGAGCACGGAUUAAGUGCCGAAGAUUACAUAUUGGGACUACCAAAAGAAUUUCCUGUCACUCGCGUCUCCUCACCAGAAUUUGCAUUCUUAAAAAGUCUCAGUGGGAAGGUCAGAAGCAAUAUAAAGUUGAUUUUCCGGUUUCUCCGUGAAGACCUUGUUGAGCCUACGACAAAGAGAACAUAUGGAGAACUUCUGAAAGACCUGAAAUCUAUCAAGGCCUUUGCAUCGGGGAUUCUUGUUCCCAAGCAAUUUAUUUGGCCACAGAAUAAGGAUAUGUACUUGGAGCCGUCUACCAGUUUGGUCAAAGAUGCACAUGCCCUAGGGCUGGAAGUGUACGCAUCUGGAUUUGCCAAUGAUGAUCCAUGUAUGAGUUACAACUACAGCUAUGAUCCCAGCGCGGAAAUCUUGCAGUACAUAGACAAUUCAGACUUCUCGGUCGACGGCGUUUUAACAGACAAUCCACCUACCGCAUCAGGAGCCAUAGUGUGCAUGGCACAUACCAAGGGCAAUGCAUUUGUUUUUCCUAUUGCUAAAGCUGGAGCUCCUACAGUAGUAGGAGAAAACACCAGGCCACUGAUCAUAACCCACAAUGGUGCGAGUGGCGUCUUCUCAGACAGCACGGACCUUGCCUACCAACAAGCGGUGAAAGAUGGCGCGGACAUAAUAGAUUGCUGGGUCCGGAUGUCGAAAGACGGAGUCGCCUUCUGCCUGGGCUCUACAGAUCUCAACAGCAGCACGACAGCAGCCACAACUUUCUUGGGAAAAAUGACCACUGUCAAUGAGAUACAGAACAAGUCGGGCAUUUUCUCGUUCGAUCUCUUAUGGAGUGAGAUCCAAACCUUAAAACCCAAUCUUGUCGGUCCAUUCGCAGACGCACGCCUGGAGAGAAAUCCUGCGGCGAAGAACGCUGGCAAAUUUAUGACACUGGCUGAGUUCCUUGAUUUUGCAAAAGCCAGCAACAUCACUGGUAUACUGAUCGGCAUAGAGCAUGCUACGUACCUUAUAACCAGAAGCCUUGACGUGGUGGAUGCGGUCUCCAAAGCGCUUGUCAAGUCCGGGUACGACAAGGAGACCUGUAAGCAGCGCGUGCUCAUACAGUCAGAGGACGCCCCGGUGCUUGCGGUGUUCAAGACGUUCCCCAAGUUCCAGCGGGUGCUGACGAUCGAGUUCGACAUAAGCGACGCCUCCAAGCCUUCGGUGGAUGAGAUAUCAGAGUUUGCAAACGCGGUGAAGCUCAGGCGCAGCUCUGCCGUGCGGGUCAACGGCUUCUUCCUGGAGGGGUUCACCAAUUCCUUGGUCGACAGGCUGCAUGCCGGCAAUCUGCAUGUGUAUGUCGGCGUCCUCAAGAAUGAGUUCAUGAACCUCGCGUUCGACUACUGGGCCGACCCCUUGGUGGAGAUCGCCACGGACACGAUGUCGGUAGGCGCCGAUGGGAUCGUGACCGAGUUCCCUGCCACUGCAGCUGCAUACUUCAGGAGCCCAUGCUCCAACUACGAAAACAAGAACCUUCCCUACACGAUCAGCCCCGCCGAACCCGGCGGCUUGCUCCAGCUGGCUAACAGUGGCUCGGUACCUCCGGCGCCCCCUCCGGCGCCGGUGCUCGAGCCCCAGGACAUCCUGCAACAGCAGCUGCCGUUGUGCCCCAACGACCCCAUGUUCCGGACCUUCCGCUGCCGCCUGGCGCCCAAGGAGACGGCGACGGGGAAACCUGAGUACAACAUCAAUAUGGCUAGCCUAGAUGACUAG